CAUUUAUCAUGGCAAGGAGAAAUAGAAUGUUGGAAAAAACAAACAUCCUUCAAUAUUAACAGCAAAAUAGUAUAUAUAUAAAGUCAUCAAUGAAUCUGUCAUUUGAUGCACAACUUCAAGAUACCAGAAUUGUAAAAACGGAUCAGGCGUGAAUUAAAGCAGAGUCUCUAAAAUGGAAAACGCUGCGAGAUCCUUCUUUCUAAUACUUAGAUAUAUCGAAAACAAUAUACGAUCUAAACGCGUUUGCUCUUCACCAGGGGAAUGUACACAAGCAAAUAGUAUUCACUUCGGAGAAGUUUUGACUAAUUUCUCACUGGUAACCUGUGGCUCUAGGAAUAUAAAUUGUGGUAUGUGUGUUGAUCGUCUAAAUGCUAUCGGGUAUUGUAAAGAUUGUAAAUUCUUUAUAGAUGGUUAUUGUGCUGAAUGUCACAAGAGAAUAAAAUCUUUCAGACACCAUGAUGUCAUUACCUUCCAGGGUAAGAAAAACAACGAAUUGAAAAUUGAGAAUUUCGCUCCUAAAUUAUUCUGUGAAAUAAUAGGACACAGUGACAUUGAAAUGACAUCCUUUUGUUCACACUGUAAAGUUUUGGUUUGUCUCAAAUGUAAAGAGAAUCAUGAUAUUGAAAUUCAUGAUGUUGUUUUACUUGUUGAUUUUUUCAAGUUAAUAGACAUUGUCCUUGAUAUAAAAAGCAUAAGUAAAGAAAUUAUGAUUCGUUUACCACAAUGUGAUGACACCCAUGAUGAUAUCAUCCUUUUUACUGCAAUCGUAAAUUGGACUGAUAUGAUCAUAAAAUUUCAAAAAGACUUUAGAACUGAUGAAUUUCCGCCUAAAUUCCGACAUAUUUUGGACGAUAUAUAUCAGAAUACAUCAGUUACAGCAGCAACCUCUAAUUCAAAUAUCAUGACAUGUAAAAGAGCCAUUGAAGCAAUGCUGUUGAUCAAAAAGGAUUUUGAAGAAAUGCUGUAUUCAUCGUGUCAGAGUUUAGCACCAGGAUGCCGCCGAAAAAACAAACAUUUUCCUCAGAAUAGGAGUGUCCAAUUUGAAACUGAACAGACAGAUGCAAUUUGUGGUGAAAGAGCAGCAAAAUGUAGAAGAAUUGACAAUUUAAAUAGAGACCUUCAGCAAUCUAACGAUCCGACAAGUUCCAACCCCAAUUGCGAGGAAAGUUACUUUUGUCCGAUAACAAUGGAACCUCAAAGUUACUCCUCUGCUGAUCUUUUUGGUAGUGGUUUCAAUGGGUAUGGAACGUCUCAUCAAAAACCAAUAGAACAAGAAGUAAGAGCUCUUCAAGCAGACCAUGUCAGUGAACCCAUGAAUCUUGACAGCUUUAGAAAUAUACACUCUCAUGCAUAGGAAUGAUUUUUCAUUGUUAUCAUGUAAUUUAUAUCAAGCAU